AUGGCACAAUCCAUGGCAUUCAAUUCGGCCGCUGGCUUGGGCGGCAUGCUCAAAGACGGUCACGAACAUUAUUUUGACGACAUGGAAGGGGGAGCGGUUGUCGCUCGUAGUAUUGCGGCAGCCUGUGAACUGUCUCGCAUGUUGGCAUCCAGUAUGGGACCUCAAGGACGCUGCAAAUUGGUGGUCAACCACUUGGAAAAGAUGAUUGUCACGAGUGACUGUGCCGCCAUUCUAAAGGAAAUUGAAGUGGAACAUCCAGCUGCCAAGCUUUUGGAGAAAGCAGUUCGCCAACAAGAGACUGAAUGUGGAGAUGCCACCAAUCUGUGUUUGAUGUUUGCCGGAGAGCUAUUGAACAGUACUCUGGAUUUGAUGAGAACCAUGGGAUGGAGGCAUUCUUCGGAUAUUUUGGAGGGUUAUCACAUGGCAGCGGAUAAGUUACUGAACGAUCUAUUGCCCAACACUUGUGUCGUUCAACAAAUUGGUCACCCCGCCAAGGAUAUCGAAGGUCUCAAGACUGUCUUGAAGCCAGUCAUGGGAUCGAAGCAACACGGAACGGAGGAAGUCUUGGCUGAUUUGGUCGCCCAAGCAUGUCAAAUUGUCCUCAAGGAAGGUCUUGUUUUACAGCCCGAAUCCAUCCGUACCGUCAAGAUCAUGGGAGGAAAUCUCGGUGAGUCGGUCUGCAUCAAGGGUUUUGUUGCCAAACGUGCUGUCGAGACCGUUUUGACAUCGGCAGAAGAUGCCAAAAUUGCCGUCUUUGCCUCUGGUAUUGAAGCCAGUUCCACGGAAGCAAAGGGAACUGUCUUGAUGAAGACUGCAGAUGAUCUCAAGAACUACAACAAAACAGAAGAGGCCAAGAUGGACGAAAUUAUUGCAGGCAUUGCCCAAUCUGGAAUCAAGGUGGUGGUUACCGGUGGCAGCAUUUCCGACAUGGCCCUCCACUUUAUUGAACGAUACAAGAUGGUUGCGCUUCGCAUUGGAAGCAAGUGGGAAUUGCGUCGUCUAUGCCAAGCCACUGGUGCCACUGCCUUGGUGCGAUUGGGUGCGCCCACGCCUGAUGAAAUGGGACGUGCCACGGUUACUCAAAAAUCUGUUGGAGGAACGACGGUCACAGUCUUUGAAAACGAUGCCGAGUCCAAGAUUGCCACCCUUGUCUUGCGCGCAUCCACGUCAUCUGUCUUGAAUGAUUUGGAACGUGCCGUCGACGAUGGUGUUCAUGCCGUGGAAAUGGCCUGCAAGGAUGGAAGAUUGGUCUAUGGAGGUGGUGCUGCGGAAAUGGAGUGUGCUGUUCAUUUGGAUGCAUUUGCUGACAAACAUCCUGGAUUGGAACAAUAUGCCAUUCGGGCUUUUGCCAAGUCUUUGGAAUGCGUGGCUCGUACUUUGGCGGAAAAUGCUGGAUGGGAUGCCCUUCAAGUAGUCGCUGACUUGAGAGCAGCUCAUGUCUCUGGAGAAGCCGACAAGGGAGUGGAUAUUGCCGACGCACCAGGAAUUACCAGCAUGAAGGAUAGCGCAAUCUAUGAUUUGUUCAAGGUGAAACGAUCGGCUCUGAAGCUUGGUAUUGAAGCCGCCACGACGGUGCUUAAGGUUGACCAAAUCAUCAUGUCCAAAAAGGCAGGAGCAGGUCCUAGGCAAUAA